UAUUUACUGGGAGACGUCUCAAUUUGUAGGAUCGCUACUGUGUGGUGGGAUGCCUCUGUGUCGCUACUAGUAGUUUUCUUGACAGUUUGCCUUGGAAUCACACUCUCCUUUCUGCAGUUUCCUCCCCACCACACACAGACACUCUCUCGUCAUCUCAUGGACUUACACUUGCAAUGAACACCAAAAGCCUCCCAAGUCUCCAAGAUCUCCUCUCAAUUCCACUCGUUUUGAUUAAAUGGCAGUGAAGCGGGGACUAUCCGGUGCGAGCAUCCACAAGAACAGUGGCGGUGGGUCUCCAUUCCCUCUAGCCAUUCUCAUUCUCCUUGCGUUGCUCGUGCCGUCCCUUUUCUUCUUCGGCAGAGGACUCCACACCACUGAUCGAGGUGAUCUUUCAACUGGUCCUAGUAAAAAGAAUGUGGAUUGGAGAGAAAGACUGGCUUUGCAACAUUUCAAAUCUCUCUUUACAAAAGAGGUCAUUGAUGUUAUCACAACCAGCACAAGUGAUAUGGGGCCCUUGAGUCUUGAUAUUUUUAAGAAAAAUAACUUGUCUGCUUCAUGGAAAUUCAUUGGGGCAGAGACUUCAGUUGUUGACACUUCUGAGCCAAACCAAGCAGCUACAGUUGUUGGGCAAGAUAUAUCUAAGGGCAAAAAGAAGAAUUCUUCAGAUGAUUAUGCUCGAUUUAUUGUUAAACCUGCAGACCUCGCCCGGAGGCAAUUGCGAGAGAAAAGACGUGAAAAGCGAGCAUCUGAAUUGGUACGUCAGGACAAAGAAGCAAUUGUAAAACUUGAAAAUGCUGCCAUUGAACACUCCAAAUCUGUUGACUCUGCUGUUCUGGGAAGAUACAGCAUAUGGAGGAGAGAAAAUGAGAAUGAGAACUCUGAUUCCACAGUACGCUUAAUGCGGGAUCAAAUUAUAAUGGCAAGAGUAUAUUUAAGUAUUGCAAAGAUGAAGAACAAGGUUGAUUUGUACCAACAACUACAAGUUCGGCUUAAAGAGAGCCAGCAGUCCCUUGGAGAGAUCACUGCCGAUUCCAAUCUACAUCACAGUGCACCUGCAAGAGUCAAAGCUAUUGGCCAAGUUCUGUCAAAAGCAAGAGAGCAACUGUAUGACUGCAAGUUGGUGACGGGGAAGCUGAGAGCAAUCCUUCAGUCAGCCGAUGAAAAUGUUAGGAGCUUGAAAAAACAGAGCACAUUCUUGAGUCAGUUAGCUGCCAAGACCAUUCCAAAUGCAAUCCACUGUUUUUCCAUGCGCCUAACUAUAGAAUACUACCUCCUUCCUCCAGAGAAGCGGAAGUUCCCCAGAAGUGAGAAUCUGGAAGAUCCAAAUCUUUUUCAUUAUGCCCUCUUCUCAGACAAUGUUUUGGCUGCAUCAGUGGUUGUGAACUCAGCUGUCACCAAUUCGAAGGACUCUUCAAAGCAUGUAUUUCAUCUUGUCACUGAUAAACUCAAUUUUGGAGCCAUGAAUAUGUGGUUUCUGUUGAAUCCUCCUGGGAAAGCUACAAUCCAUGUUGAAAAUGUUGAUGAAUUUAAGUGGCUCAAUUCAUCCUACUGCCCUGUUCUACGUCAACUAGAGUCUGCUGCGAUGAAAGAGUAUUAUUUCAAGGCUGGUCAUCCAACCAAACUUUCAUCUAGUGCCUCUAAUCUGAAGUACAGGAAUCCGAAGUAUCUGUCAAUGCUUAACCAUCUAAGGUUCUAUCUGCCACAGGUUUAUCCAAAGUUGAAUAAAAUUCUGUUUCUUGAUGAUGACAUUGUUGUUCAGAAAGACUUGACUGGACUGUGGUCUGUGGAUCUCCAUGGAAAGGUUAAUGGGGCAGUGGAAACCUGUGGUGAGAGCUUUCACCGUUUUGACAAGUACCUUAACUUUACAAAUCCUCAUAUUGCAAGAAACUUUGAUCCAAAUGCAUGCGGGUGGGCUUAUGGGAUGAACAUUUUUGAUCUUAAGGAGUGGAAAAGGAGGGAUAUUACUGGCAUAUAUCACAAGUGGCAGAACAUGAAUGAAGAUAGGGUACUUUGGAAGCUUGGGACAUUACCUCCGGGACUAAUUACAUUCUAUGGGCUGACACAUCCUCUUGAGAAGUCAUGGCAUGUGCUUGGUUUGGGUUACAGUCCUACCAUUGACCGUUCAGAGAUUGAGAAUGCUGCGGUCAUACACUACAAUGGAAACAUGAAACCCUGGCUGGAGUUGGCAAUGACAAAGUAUCGGUCAUACUGGAUUAAGUACAUUAAGUAUGAUCAUCCCUACCUUCGAACCUGCAAACUAAGCGAAUGAACUGAAACUGAGGUCCCCAAGUCAUACGGUGAUCUCUCUCUCUCUCUCUGUGUAAUUUAUCCAUUUCAUUCCAAUCAUCCAUUAGAACAUGUAACUAAUUCUAUAGCCUCUCCCCCACUUUCUGGGGUAAUUUCAUGCCUUCUUGACCUGUAAAAAGUCGCAAAUGUGUCUUACUUUGGAGCCAAGUCCGAGUUGGACGGGAUAGGGAAUUGGGUGUCAUUUGAUGUAUUCUAUGAACAACUUGUUCGGUUUGUACUAUAAGAUGUGCGUGGAUUAUGAUAUUCAUAUCCUAUCUACUCAAGACCAUUAAGUAGCAAUCUUGCACUAUGAAAAAGGUGUUUGCGCUUCA